UAAGAUCAUUAGUAUAAAUAAUUAAUAUAGUUAAUUAUUUUAAUUAAAAAAUAAUAUCAAUUUUUCCUAAAAAUACUUCCAACAAUUUUCUCUACAUAAAGAGUUUGAAUGACUGUUUUAAAACCUCAUAUUCAUAUUUUCAAUUUUACUUUUUUUACAUGUCUAUCAUGUAAAAUUUUUUAAGAGGAUAACAAAAAUGAACCUAAAUUUUUAAAUAAAAAACAAAUCAACCAAGUCGGGCCGCCCCAUCUCUCCUCUGUUUUUGGUAGAUGACUUGGUAUUUUUCUCGAGUGGAUUUACAGCAAGGGAGUGUGGUGGAGGAUAUUCUGGCUCGUUUCAGUUGAUGUUCUGGGCACAGGGUUACUAGUCAAAAGACUCAGAAGGCCUUUUCAAGCAAUGUCGAGGACAGGGUGACGAAUUAGAUUAGCAGGCUGCUAGGUGUUAGUAGGUAUCUUGGGGUUCCACUGUUUCACACGAGCGUGACUAUAGAUACUUGUAAGUUUGUUGUGGAGAAGAUUAAAAAUCGACUAAAUGGUUAUGAAGUAAGCCUCCUUUCCUUAGCUGGUCGUGUCACUUUGGCUAAGUCGGUUCUUCUGGUCGUACCAAGUUACUGUAUGCUAUCGACCCUUCUGCUUGUGGGGGUGUGUAGGGAGAUUGAACGAUUGGUUAGAAGGUUUAUUUGGGGUUCCACAACUGCUAAGUAGAAAGUUCAGCUUGUUAACUGGGACUGUUGCUGCCAGCCGUUGGACCAUGGUGGGCUUGGCGUGCGAUCAGUUCAUUAUCAGAAUUGGGCAUUUAUCAUGAAACUUGGGUACACUUUGGUUGCCCGCCCGGAGGGAUUUUUGGUUCGGGUCCUCCGAUCAAAGUAUAAAUUGGUUGAGCGGUGCCCCCAUGGACAUUGACCAGCGGUGUCGUAGCUUUGUUUAAAGAUCCCUUUCUAGAGAAUGGAGGGACUUGCGGGAGAACACGAUUUGCAACUUAGUGAUGGUAAAACCCCGAUGUUUUGGAAUGACGUUUGGAUUAAAUUGGGUUCCUUGGUUGGCUACUGCUUGCUGUCCGAACCUAGUUUUCCAUUGGCCUCAGUUUUUACGAUGGUAACGAUUGAUGGUGAAUGGAAUCGGUCAAUGUUUGCUGGUGAGCUGCAGCAUUCCGUGUUGACGAUCAUUGCUGGGAUUCACUCUCCUAGAGCAGAUGCAAGGGUUGACCGGUGGGUGUAUGAAAGGUUCGAGACGGAUUGUUUCACGGUGGCUAGUAGCUAUUGAAUCCUGAGGCAACCAUGUUGGGAGCCAAUCAGUUCAAAUUGGAAGCUGGUUUGGUAGCUCCGACUGCCACAGAGAAUACGACAAUUCUUGUGGUUGUUGGUGCAUGAUCGCUUGCUUACGAACUCUGAGCGACAACGACGACAAAUGACCGAUUAUGGCUCUUGCUUUAUCUGUGGGCAGCAUGAGGAAACUGUAGUCCAUGUUAUUUGAGAUUGCCCAGUCCGCGGUCAAUUUGGAAACAACAUGGGUUUUAUACGUCAUCAGUGGGCAGCUGGUUAUUGGAAAAUCUUUGGAAUAGUGAUGAUGUGGUGGUUAAUGGUGUCGGCUGGGAGAUAUGUUUGGUGCUUUUGCAGGGAACAUAUGGAAGAACCGCAACCGGGUUAUUUUUCAACACCUGCAUCACUGUGUAGUAGACAUAGGGGCCGCUAGCCUGUCUUGGGCUAAGGUUAUUGACGAAUCCCUUGAAGCUGAGUGACGACUGAGGCAAGUACAGUGAAAUGCGCCCCGAAGCGGAUGAUAUAAGCUGAAUACAUAUGGGGGCGUUAGCAGUGUCACAGGUGCAACGGUUGGUGGUGGGUUGAUACGAGAUUCAUCAGGAGGAUGGGUGGUCAGUUUCAGUUGCUACAUUGGGUUAUGCUCGGUCUCACAAUUUUUACAUUUCAAAAUCAGAAAAUGUAAUUUUUAGAAUUUUAGGAAAAAAAAAACCUUAAUUUUGGUCUCACAAUUGGCUCGUUUUCUAUAAAAGAAACAAAAAUAUAGUUCGCAUUAGCCAAUUAGGAAUGAACAUGUGGCUUAAUAUCUCCCAUCGAAAGCUUUUCUUAUAAUAGAGGAAAUAAAUGGCAAUGCUGGUUUGACAGAUAUGACUUUUAACGUUUGAUUUAAACCUAAAAACAAAUAAGAAAAAAGGAAAGGGAAAGAUAUAGUGAAAGAAGGGAGAGGAAAGUUUCCCAGGAGAAAAAGGAGACCCUAUUCUUCAAAGACAUAUUCCUCGUUUCUCUUACUUCCUUUCUUCUCUGUAAUAAUCUUUAUUCUCCCUUCAACGAUCGUUUUGUAAUAAAAACGAUUGUUGUUGGGGGAUUUAUUUGACCCUUCAUUCAUAUUCUUACGUCCGACAGCCAACGAGGAAGGAAUACGAAAUUCCCCAUGGCCCCAAGCAAGAUCAGAAGAGCCAUCGGACAUGUGAAAGACCAAACCAGCAUAAGCCUGGCCAAAGUGGGCAGCAGCAGCUCAGUUUCCGACCUCGAAGUGGCCAUUGUCAAGGCAACAAGGCACGAAGAAUACCCAGCAGAGGAAAGACACAUUCAAGAAAUCCUGAGUUUAACCUCCUACUCGCGUGCCCACAUCAGCGCCUGUGUCAAAACCCUCUCCAAACGCCUCAACAAGACCCGCAACUGGACCGUCGCCCUCAAAACCCUCAUGCUUAUCCAACGCCUCCUCUCCGAAGGCGAUCCUGCCUAUGAACAAGAGAUUUUCUUCUCCACUCGCCGCGGGACUCGCAUCCUCAACAUGUCGGAUUUCCGCGAUACUUCCCAAUCCAAUUCCUGGGAUUUCUCUGCCUUCGUGCGUACUUACGCGUUGUACCUGGAUGAAAGACUUGAAUACAUGAUGGAAGGCAGGUAUGGUGGAAGACGAAGCAUGUAUGGUUACAAUGAUGAAGAUCAUGAAGAUAACGAGGACCCCUCUGUUGUCCGAUCCAUACCUAUUGCUGAGUUGAAGAACGAGCAUUUGUUUUCAAAGUUGUUGCAUUUGCAACAGCUUCUCGACCGCUUCUUAGGCUGUCGUCCAAUAGGUUCAGCAAAGGGCAACAGGGUGGUCAUCGUGGCUCUUCACGCAAUAGUUAAAGAAAGUUUCCAAAUAUAUUAUGACAUAACGGAAAUAUUAGGGGUUUUAAUCGAUCGUUUCAUGGAGCUUGAUAUCUCUGAUUCCAUAAAAAUCUACAAUAUAUUCUGCCGCGAAAGAAAACAGUUCGAUGACCUCGAAAAUUUCUACUCAUGGUGCAAGAGCAUCGGCAUUGCACGAUCUUAUGAUUAUCCCGAAAUCGAGAAAAUCACCCAGAAAAAGCUCGACCUUAUCGAUGAAUUUAUCCGCGAUAAAUCUGCAUUGGAACAAGGGAAGAAAAUUAGUGAUGAAUCGGGAUUCGUUAAAGAAACAGACUCAUGUGAGGAAGCAGAAGAUAUGAACGCCGUUAAAUCGUUGCCAGAACCCGAGCCUGUUGAAAAGGAAGAACCAGAACCUGAGAAAGAAGAGGAAGUAGAUAAUUCGAAAGCUUUAGUUGUUGAACCAAAGGGUGAUCUAUUGGACCUCGCAGAGGACGCAAUGUCCAGUCAAGAUUACGGAGACAAAUUGGCGUUGGCGUUGUUUGAUGGUUAUGCACCAGCCGCCGUUGGUACUCCGUCAUCGGGUCCAGGAUGGGAAGCUUUCAUGGAUGAUGCUGAUUGGGAAUCAGCUUUGGUUCAAUCAGCGAGCAACUUAACCAAACAAAGAGCGACACUCGGUGGUGGGUUCGACAUAUUAUUGCUUGACAGCAUGUACCAACAGGGCAACACCAUGGCGGCCAUGGCUUCAUCGGGUUAUGCCGCCAGUGGAAGUACUAGCAGCUUUGCGUUUGGUUCAUCAGGAAGACCGGCGAUGCUUGCCUUACCGGCACCACCAUUAUCUAAAAACAUAGGAAACACCGUCGUUGAUCCGUUCUCGGCGUCUCUGACGGUGGAGCCGCCUUCGUAUGUGCAAAUGUCAGACAUAGAGAAGAAGCAGAGGUUUUUGGUGGAGGAGCAAGCGAUGUGGGAUCAAUACAGGAGGGAUGGAUUGCGAGGGCAUAGUUCGAUGUCGAAAGUACACAGUUACCCUUACAGCCCAGGGUACACGCCAUGGCAUGGUUAUUGAAGCUUUGGUUAAAUCGACCCAUUUAGAUUAGUUACCAUAGCGGUUAUUUAGUGAUCUAUAUUCGGAUAACAAAGCAACAAUAGCGAAGAUGUGAAAAUUAAGAGAAAAUUGAAGACGUAAAAGUGUACCCUAUUCACUCCUUAUUUGAAUGACAUUUUACAAAUUUUUAAAUACCAAUAAAAUAAUAAGAUAUCAAAUAUACUCCAAUGU